AUGCGGGUUUGGGUAGCGUCGCUAGUAUUCUAUGCAUUUGUAUUUGCUGUUUGUGAAUUUCUUCGAUAUCUAAUUUUAAAAAUACUGCCGAAGCGAUUAUCAACGGAUCUGCUUCUAGAAUUUGUGGGUACACUUCAAAUAUGCACUCCAAUGUUCGAUGUUGGCACAGUUUUGGAAACAUACGGUCUGUUUGGAGUUUUCGUGGAGAUAACUGUUAUUGAGCUUGCUAACUGCUAUUAUCAAAGGGAUGCCGUUGCCAAUCCUUGCCCAAUUUUUGUGGGUACACUCCAAAUAUGCACUCCAAUGUUCGAUGUCGGCACAGUUUUGGAAACAUACGGUCUAUUUGGAGUUUUCGUUGAGAUAACUGUUAUUGAGCUUGCUAAUUGCUAUUAUCAAAGGGAUGCAGUUGCCAAUCCUUGCCCAAUUGUCACUUCAUGCUAUCGGCGCUCAAAAGCAAUCCGACGUGCCGUUUAUGUUUUUCUAACUCAAAUGUUGGCUGCUUACUUAUCGUUUUUUCUGGCAAGAACAUUCUGGAAGUUGGGCAUACAUCCAGUUCACUCUGAACUCCUGGCCGUCGAACAUUGCACAGCGGACCUGACGUCUCAUUCUUCUUUUCUUAAUUCCAUCUCGAUUCGAGCUUCAUCUGCACAACUUUUUGAGGUUUAUGUAUCAUCAUUGAAAUGCAUUUUUAUUCAUAAGAUUGCUGUCACAACUGGUUGUUUGGUGGAAGGUGGUGCAACAUUUAUAGUAUGUAGCGAACAAUACAUUUUAGCAAAAGUGUUUGACAAAUAUACUAAUGACUAUCUGGAGGACACGCGAUUGUCAAAUAUUGUCACAUGCGUGUUCAGUGGAUUUCUUUGUGCUAUAGGUAUCAAUUACACGGGAAUGUACGCAAAUCCAUUGGUUGCAUGGGCCUGUACAUUCAAUUGUGAAGGACUGACUCAUGUCGGACAUUUGCUGGUUUACUGGUUGAGUCCACUUAUUGGAUGGUUCGCAGCUGAGGCAAUUCUUGGAGACGAUGAAGAGGAGGAAUUGGAAAAGAAAAAGGAAUGA